UCGCGCCAGUGAGGAGGAAAUAAUCACAAUGUAACCUUCUCAUGAAUUAUUAAGUACCCUGUGCCUAUUUCAGUCCGACUAAAAAAUGCUGCAUUUUCAUCUGUGGGUCUGAGGCAGUGUGCAAGGGUGUUUUUUUAUAUAUGACAGCUGUAUUACUGCUGAUAAGCGAGACUGUGAGCUGAUCAAGUAGUGAGACAAGCGUUCAGAGCAGUAACAGCACAGCAGCAGCAGCGCUUUAGUCACUAGGAGCCGUGGCGGCAGAAGCAGCGGCAGCACUAUCAGUCACAGCAGAGGCAUCAACGGCAGCAGCAGCAGCAGCAACAAACUCUCUCCUGUCUUUUUCUCUUCUUUCUGGAGUUGUUUCUUGCUCAGAGGACAGAAAGCCAAGGAAGUAGGAGGGAAGUGAUCCAGGGCUGAUAGCUGCAAUCAUAAACAAAACCAAAACGCAGACCUGGCUGCCCCCAUGCCUAUCGAAUUUGUUUGCAAAAUCAAAUUUGCAGAGGAGGAUGAGAAGCAAAAAAGCAAGCAGGAUGGGGACAAGGAGAGCCUGAUCGAGGAGAGCUGCACACCUCCGGUUAAGGACUUGGCCAGGUUUGCGAACUCCUGCUCUCUUCAUGGGAUUAACCACAUCUUUGUCUCUGGUCGCCUGGGCAUCCGGCAGACUCUGUGGGCUCUUGCCUUUUUGACUUCCCUGGUGCUGUUUCUAUACCAAGCGGCUAAGUGUGCUAUCUCUUACCUGGAGCACCCUCAUCUCACGGCUCUGAAUGAAGAGGCGACCCCAGAGAUGGUUUUCCCUGCUGUGACCAUUUGCAACAUCAACCGCUUUCGCUUCUCCGCGCUCACCGAUGCCGACAUCUACCACCUGGCUAACUUAACAGGUCUGCCCCCCAAAAACAAGGAUGGGCACAAACCUACUGAUUUGAUGUAUCCUGCCCCUGACAUGCAGGACAUCUUCAACAGGACAGGACAUCAGUUAGAAGAGAUGCUCAUGAGCUGCAAUUUCAGUGGACAGAACUGUUCAGUUGAGGACUUCUCUGUGGUUUACACCCGAUAUGGGAAAUGCUACACUUUUAAUGGCAACAAGACGACAUCCAGGAAAAGCAAACAAGGCGGAAUGGGAAAUGGGCUGGAGAUCAUGUUGGAUAUCCAACAGGAUGAGUAUCUGCCCAUCUGGAGAGAGACGAAUGAGACGUCCCUGGAGGCUGGUAUCCGAGUUCAGAUCCACAGUCAGGAUGAGCCUCCCUACAUCCACCAGCUGGGCUUCGGCGUCUCUCCGGGCUUCCAGACCUUUGUUUCAUGUCAGGAGCAGAGGCUGACCUACCUGCCCCAGCCCUGGGGGAACUGCCGCUCCACCAGCAAAGAGAAGUUCCCGGGGUAUGAUACAUACAGCAUCAGUGCCUGUCGCUUGCUUUGCGAGACCAAUGAGGUCCUGCGAGUGUGCAGCUGCAGGAUGGUGCACAUGCCCGGAACUGCAGAUAUCUGCCCUCCCAGUAAAAUCAACUGUGUUGAUAAAGCACUCGCACAGCUACAGAAGAACAGUGGCGAUACCUGUCCAUGCGAGACGCCCUGUAAUCUCACCCGCUACGGUAAAGAGCUCUCCAUGGUCAAAAUCCCCAGCAAGGGCUCUGCUCGCUAUCUCUCCAGGAAAUAUGACAAGUCGGAGGACUACAUCAGAGACAACUUUCUGGUCUUGGAUAUCUUCUUUGAAGCUCUGAACUAUGAAACAAUUGAGCAAAAGAAAGCCUACGAUGUUGCGGGUUUAUUAGGUGACAUUGGUGGACAGAUGGGAUUAUUCAUUGGAGCCAGCAUCCUUACAGUCUUAGAAAUACUGGAUUACAUCUAUGAGGUGAUCAAGCGCCGGCUAAAACGUCUGCUGAUGCCGCAGAAAGAGGAGAAGAAGACCAAGCAGCAGACCAGCACUGUUGCAACAGUGGGUCUUGAGGAAAUUAAAGCAAAGCAGGAGCCUAAUGACAUGACACGGAGUCAUCCAGAGGGGGCGUACGCCAACACCAUCCUCCCCAACCACCACCACCCUCACCCACACCCUCAGCGCCAUCACGCCGGGCACCUAGGGGUAUUUGAAGACUUUGCUUGCUAGAGCUUACCACCGUUUCCCAUCCUGGUGACACCAAAAGAUAAAAGCCGUCUGUGUUCAGAUCAAUAACAGACCUGUGGCAUUUCCGUCGCUCCUUUGCUGUCACCAGUGAAAAGCUACAGCCAAAGUUGAACACCAAACUUGUGCUGCUAACAAAGCACUUACAGUAUGUAGGCACAAAUUGGACACCGCUUCUUUUUCUUUUCUCUCUGGAUGGGACCCCUCUCAGCUUUGUCCAGCGUCAUUUGAGAAGUCAGGCACUUUGUGUUUUCAGGACCAAUUUUUGGUACAUGAUCACUACAAGGGAACAAGUGGAGAACCGCAUGUCACCUUGGUCCAGUUUAUACCCUACUGAUUUAUUUAUUCAGAUAGCAUCUCUGUUUUUGUCUGUAUCUCUCCAUUUGUCUCUUCUCCAACUAUUCCUCCUACUUCAAGGAAAACACUGUACCAUGAAGCCAUUGCACAUUCUAAUUUAUGUAAUUAUUUAAAGAGAUACUAAUAUCUAUAUAUGUUCUAUAUUGUCUACAAGAUGAGAAUACUUACAGUAAGCAAAUCUUACUCGUGUUACAUCUAUCCAAAAUACGAGGGGAAUUAUUUAGGCUGAACUGUAUGCAGCAUCUUUCCACAUGAUACACUUUGUCUGGUUUGUGGUUAAGGUGUUAGAGAGUAGCAAUGUACCUGUACAUAAAGUCCAACUUUAAAAUGAGAAAGUUCUAAAGUUCUGUUUCAAUGGCUGUUGUUUAUAUCUUUUAAUAUAUAACUUAUGUAAUAUAAUUUUAGUUAUUUAUACAUUUUAGAAAAUACUUUCUUAUGACAAUAGCGGUCGAUUGUAGCAAUUGCUGUACACUUCAAACCUGCAGAUAUAUUAGACUGUCAAACAUCAGUACAGUGGACUGUAUGGAUCGGGACUAUUAUCGCCAUCGUUUCCUUUUACAUGUCCUGCUGUUUCAAAGACACACAGAUACUUGAUGAGGCUUGGAUGAUGUUUUCAGUUGUUGGUUGUACAUUUUUCUUCUUAUUAAUUCAUUUCUGCCCAACAUCCACUCUUCACUUUGGUUUACAUCAAAACUUUAAGCUGACAUAAGCAAUAAGAAACAGAAUUUUACUUUUUGCCGAGUCAUCUUCUUCAGCCUGUGGGCCAGUACCACUGUAAAAGUGUAGCAGCUAUUUACAGUGUCAACCUGGCAUCAAUGUGGGUGUGGAUGUUUGUUUGUUGCCAUGUGCACUCUAACAUUUUGCAAACAUGACUGAGCACAUUAGGCUGAUGCAACUGUGCUGAGCUGAUCCAUGGAAAAAAAAGGAAUGUUUGAAAAGUGAAAUAGUUAGCAAGAAAGCGAGGUGUUUUAUUGCAGAAGUAAAGUUUUUAUCUAAUAAAUGUAGAGUAGGACAGCUCAGAGUUUAAUUUAGAAAUUGCUCUGGAGGCUGAAAUAACCUUACAGGGUAACUUAAUCCUUACCUGGCACGACAAAGACACAACAGCUUUGAAGAGCACAAGUAAGCAAAGGGGAAAUGAAAAAUUACUCUUUCAUUCAUUCAUUUAUAAUCAUGUUUGUCAUUAUCAUGAGAAGUUAGCUUGCAAUGCAGGAACUCAACCACCUGUUACCUCUGCACUUCUCAUCAUCUGAUCUAUUAGGAAGUUGUGACACUUAGGUGCCAAGUUGUUUUGUGCAUAUUUUACAAUUUGAGAAUUUUUGGAUUUACACAUUUUUUAAAGGCAACAGUGGUACCAACUAUAAUAUGUCCUAUAGGAAGAUAUAAUGUGAUAUAAGUGGGACUGACAGUGGAAGUAGUGCAGAUAUUGAUUUUCAGGCACAUUUAUGCUACCUCCAGGGCACUGCUGCUGCCGGUGUUCAAAAAUGGGAACCAGCUCUUUGAACCACUUUGUAGUUUUUCAGCUGUUUGGUCUUUUUACAUUAAUCCCUGCACUGUUUGGCUGAGUGUCGUUACCAGAUGCUGAAAAAUCUUCUUGUUUUUUAAUGGUUCUCUCACCAAAAUGUCUUUGUUGCAUAUUAACUGUUAGGCAAACAAUAUAGGUUGUCAUUGUCAAUAUACAGUAGACGCAGUAUUAAAAAGUACCUGGGAUUUGCAUUUAGUGUCACCUCUUGCUCCAGAAACUCAUCUAUGAAGGGAGUGGUGGAAACUAAAGCAGAACCUGACGGCGGGUACAAGAUAGGUUCCAGCAGUGGAACAUGGCUUUUUAUAAUUUACUACAGGAAUUUGAUUCACUGAAAUGAAGACUUGAUAUAAAAGCGAUAAACUGUUUUAUUGGUCAUUUUGAACAAAUUAUUGUUGGACUAAAAAACUUUUUACGUGUAACCCCAAAUCUGCACAAAAUCAAGCCUGCUUAAAGCACCCUAAGUUUUGACAGGCCUUUGACAAUCCAUUCUGUAUGUAAUUCAAAACAGAAAUGUAUGAAAUACUUCUCGAAACAGAAUAUCAUGUUCACAAAUGACGACAUGAUUUUUCUGUUAAUUGAAUCGGUGCAUUCUGAUGCUGCAUUAUCGCUAUUCAUCACUUUAGCUCACAAUGAGAUUCCACAGGCCUCCAUCUGUCACAUCUCCUCCUCCUGUCAAGUAAUCAUGGGCUAUACAUGGCUGUUUAAUAUUCAUAAUCAUGUGUCACUUUGACAUUUUCAAAAGGUUCCCAAUCACAGUCUCUGGUGGCAUCCUGUACAGGCUAUGCAUAACAAUAUUCUCCUCCGUCAUCAAUAAUUGUAGCUAUCCUCAGACAAGUCACACAGGGGCUGGUGUGUUGAGAUGAAUACUGGGCUGCAUUAUCCCUGUAGAGUUGUGUUUGAAUGGUAGGCCCUGGAGUCGAUGAAGAACGGUUUCUAUUCUCGAGAUGCUGUGCAUUGUAAAACAUAACCCGGUUGAUUCUGUGUACAAAAGCAUUUCAAAACAGAUUACAAAGAGUUGACUUUACAACAGCGUGCCGCCUGUGUGAGGUGCCACAGCGGUGGGCGGCAGGUCUGUGCUGUAGCAGAUGAGACAACUUCCCUGCCCGAUAACAUGCAGCUCACAUUCCUGGGAUUCCUCAAGCCUCGACUCUGAGCUCCCUUGUUGCACAGCUCUUUGGGCGGCCGACCUUUUAAUAGCUCCAUGAUAUUCAGUCACAUGUGUUGUAUGUGGUUAUCACAUUAUCCGUAAAAAUCCAUUUAAUCCAACCAGCCACCGAUUUUGAAGAUUCGCUGUUAUGUACUUUUUUUUCCAGCCGCUUAUUUUCUUUAGCUGAAGUCUGAAAGGGUCAUCUGGGAAGAGGAAAAAUGAGUGCUUGGUGACACAUGCAGCUGUGAGGAGUUCUUAAGAAGGAAUUCCAUCCCAUACCUGACAGGGAAAUGGACCAUCACUGCAGUAACAAGAAAAGCUUACAUUUUGUACAGAUGUGCAACAUUGUGAUUAUUUCCUCUGUUAGAACACAUUUUAUAAAUGUUAAAUAUGGUAAAUGCGAUAACUAUUAAAGUUUAGAUUGGUAAAACCAGUGCCUCCUAAAUCCAGA